UCCGUUUAAUUGUAUGCCUCUCCCGUAUAGUUUCCUAUUCCGCCUUAUUUUCUGAUUCUUCCAUUGAACACCGGUACCGAGGGCAAGGCGUAAAUUUGCUUCUUCAUAUCAUCAAUUUUCUGCCCAUUUGAUUCGAGAUCAGUGCAUGCAAUUACGGUAUGGAUUUUCUCAAAAAAGCCAAGGUGGUACGAUUUCGAAGCCACCACAACAAAUACCUAUUGGCCGACGACGAUCAAGUGUCGGUAUGGCAAAGCUGCGACGGAACAGUGCAGAACACGCGGUGGACGGUGGAGCUAAUUAGCGAAAAUCCAAACGCAUUGCGAUUGAAGAGCUGUUUUGGGAAAUACUUAACGGCGUUAAGUACGCCUUUUCUUCUCGGAAUCAAAUGUAACAAAGUCCUGCAAACCAUGCCAAAGACGUUGGAUUCAAUAGUGGAAUGGGAGCCGGUAAGAGACGGGUACGUGUGGAAGCUGAAGGCGGCCAACGGGCAAUUCUUGAGUGCAAGCGGGUGUAGCGUACCGCCGUGGAAAGACACCAUCACGCACGACAAUCCGCGUACAGGUACGACGAGAAAUUGGGUUCUGUGGGAUGUGGAUGUUGUGGAGAUUCGAGAACAACAACAACAACAAGAACAAACGAAUGUUGAUAAUGUCAAUGAUAGUUCUAGUCGUUAUAGUACUACUGCAACACAAGAUCCAACAGAACCAGAACCACGGUCUGUUUCGCGGUCGGAAUCUUCACAAACACAGCCAGACUCUCCAGCCGUCGUUGAUCUUUCGUCAACCAAAGAUCGUACCAAGGAUUCGGAUAAAAAAAAUACAUAACAUAUAUAACGUUGGAAUUUUGGGAUUAUUAAUUAGUACACAUGAUAUGUAUGCAAGAAAAUCAGGGUUUUACUUGUAUCAUUGAUGAUGAUUGAUCAGAUGAUCUUCUUUCUACAAAAUAGACUAAAUUUCCUGACUAUAUAUAUUUAC